AUGGACGGCGGCAUUCAGUCGUCUUCCGUUCUCUUCGAAAUGGACCGUCUUCGCAUUACAUCUCAGCCCCGAAUUCUCACUGUAUUGGUUUUUCAGUUUUUCUUAAUACACAUCUGCAGAGGUCAACCUCAAAUCUUAAAAUUGGCAACACUUGGUGCUGACAUCUUCUUACCAUGCCAUGUUGACCCUACUGUAUAUGAAACUGACUUUACGUUGGAGUGGACACGACCUGAUCUGAACCCCAGAUUUGUUUAUGUGUGGCGCUCCGGUCAGGAGCUUGUAGAUAAAAAGCAUGAAUCAUUUGUGGGAAGAACAUCACUGUUUCCUGAUGAGCUGAAACAUGGAAACAUUUCACUGAAACUCUCUAAUGUGAAAAUAUCUGACCAGGGAACGUAUAAAUGUUUUAUUCCAGCACUGGAAAAGAACUCAUUCAUUCAGCUACUUGUUGAUGCCAUUUCUGGGCCUGUCAUCAGUUUAUCAGCCAUUAAUAAAGCCAGAAGCGGAGUGGUGUUACAGUGUGAGUCUGCAGGCUGGUAUCCAGAGCCUGAGCUGCUGUGGUUGGACGGUGAGGGAAACCUCCUCUCUGCUGGACCUACAGAGACCCUCAGAGGUCCUGAUGACCUCUAUACUGUCAGCAGCAGAGUGACUGUGGAGAAGAGACACAGCAACAACAUCACCUGCAGAGUCCAACAGAGGAACACCAACCAGAGCAGAGAGACACAGAUAUACAUUCCAGGUAAACACAAUUUGUAA